GCGUUACUAAUCUGAAAAAUUGGACACGUCUGCUGCUUUUAUCAAAUAUGAAAACCCUAUUCAUUUCGGUGGUUUUUUCCAUCAUAACACUAGUCGGUGCUGCCAUUUCACCAUUCGACUCACCCGACUACUGCCUGCAAAUUAUUACGCCCACUUGUAAUACAACCUUUUCAUAUAUCGACACGAUCAAUGCUGAAAUUCGCCCAGUUCUACUGCGUUUGGUCCAGACAUCUUUUUUCAAAUAUUUCAAGCUCGAUUUAGACAAGCAGUGUAAGUUCUGGAACGCACAGCAUUUCUGCGCAACAAAAAAUUGUGCCGUCGAAGUUCUUCCCGAAGACCAGUACAACUGGGCGGAGGUUCAUGAUGAGUUCCGUCCCUCCAAACUCGGGGAGAUCAAGCACAAAAAUGCAUCACUGGAAGCACCAGCAACAUGCGAAGACUUAGACUACUCGCACAUUGACGAUGGCCACAACUGUGUGUUUGUCGAUUUGCUUGCUAAUCCAGAAAGAUUUACAGGGUAUGGAGGUGCUCAAUCUUUUGACGUGUGGAAGGCGAUUUACUCGGAAAACUGUUUCCCUAACACUAAUCCAAUGUCUAUGUCAGCUGGCUCAGAACCUGAGCAAUGUGUGGAGAAGAACUUAUUUUACCGUUUAAUUUCAGGUUUACAUGCAUCGAUUGCAGUUCACUUGUCGAACGAGUAUUUGGAUUCUGCCACGGAAACAUUCGGCCCAAAUCUCAAGAUUUUCAUGGAGAGAGUAGGCAAGUUCAAUGAUCGUUUGGCAAACAUCUACUUUAAUUACGCGCUCGUCUCACAAGCCAUUGUAAAAUUAGGUGACUUGGUGGAUGUUGCUGACUAUGUGAAAGGCGAAACGGCGCCAAAUAACAAUCAUAGUGAGCUUUUGGACAAUGACUCAUCUUCGUUGUCUGAUUACACGACUAUGGUCAACCAAAUCACGGAUGUGCUCAAAAUAGAACCUCUUUUCGUGUCCCAUCUGCUCUUUGACCCAUCUCUCGUUGGCCCAGAGUUGAAGAAUGAAUUCCGCUCUCGUUUCAAAAACGUUUCUGCCAUUAUGGAUUGUGUCGGUUGUGAUAGAUGUCGGAUGUGGGGCAAACUACAAACUAUUGGAUACGGUACCGCGCUCAAGGUGUUAUUUGAACUGGAAGACCCGGAAACUCAGCAUUUGCUCAAGUUCCGCCGGAUCGAGUUGGUUGCACUUUUCAAUACUUUUGACCGUCUCUCAAAGUCUGUGGCUUCUAUCAAUAACUUCAAGGAUAUGUACUUGGAACAUUUGAAGGACGUCGCUGCAGGGCGCGUCCAACAUGGAGAAUUUGAACCAUUGCACGAUAAGGGAAUUGAAUUUCCGUUCGUGGCAUGGGAUCCUCCUAUAGAGUCAAAGUCUAAUCCUUCAGGCUUCACGGGAAACAAAGGCGUCGAACAGAAUGGGAACAUAGAUAUUGAUGAGGGAGAAAUUUCAUCUCCGAAGAAGACGAAACAAGGCUUCUAUGAGGAGCUCGAGGAUGUCAAGACUGCCCUCCGCUUCAUCUGGAAAAGCUAUGUGGAAUUUCCCAGAACCAUGUACAAUAUAGCCAUGUACUACGUUUCAGGUUGGUGGAAUGUUUACAUUGGUAAAGCUGUUUACGUUCCUGCGUCAACUGUGAGCAUAGACGACGAGCUUUAGUUGCUCCGGUACAUCCUGCAAAAUAUAUUCCCAUGGAGCACACGCGACCAGUUGUAAUAUCUCAAGUGACGGGCUCUCUUGUGUCGGUAGUCAUUUCAUAUUCCAUGUAAAUGUCAAGAGUUCUAGAAGUACCUUAAUUUUUUUAUUAUCUAUCCCAGCCUAUUUAUACAAUUAAUCAAUAAUUUACAACAAC